AUGGCCGAUUACUUGGGGAUUGUGGCCAUCAUCAUCUUCUAUCUAAUCAUCUUGGCCGUCGGGAUCUGGGCUGGCCGAAAAAGUGAUUCGCAGAAGACCGAAGACGGCCAGCAAACGGAAGAGGUCUUUCUGGCUGGGCGGAAUAUCGGAACCUUGGUGGGCAUCUUCACCAUGACGGGUAUGUGCUCUUUCCAGAAACAAUAGGGGUUUCCAAGUCGAAAGAGUUGAGGUAAAAGGAAGAAUGUCCGGAAUGCGAAAACGCGGAUUUAUGGGGGUUGGAAUGUUCGGAUACCACCGGGACAACACCAAACGUACUUUCGGUUUACCUCAUACCAAAAAAAUGUUUUUACACAUUCCGUAAAAUAAGGGCAUACAACAAUGUUGAAAAAGGAUGUCAGAUUUUAGAAAUUUAUCCAUAAAAAUACUAGAUUUAUGAUUACAAAAACAAUAAAUCUCUGUCACAUUGCAGCUACCUGGGUGGGCGGUGCUUACAUAAAUGGUACAGCCGAAGCCAUGUACACUUCCGGAGUGCUCGGAUGCCAAGCUCCUUUCGGAUAUGCUCUUAGUCUGAUCAUGGGAGGGAUCUUGUUUGCUCGAAGAAUGAGGGAAGAAGGGUAUAUUACCAUGUUAGACCCUUUUCAGGUAAGACAAUAUUGCUUUUAAUCAUCAUUUACCUUGUUCAGAAUAAGUAUGGGCAACGAGUCGGAGGUCUAAUGUUCAUCCCAGCCCUUCUUGGAGAGGUAUUUUGGAGUGCAGCCAUCUUGUCUGCCUUAGGCGCAACCCUCUCCGUGAUCUUACAUUGGGAUAUGAACAUUUCGGUGAUAAUCUCAGCCUUCGUGGCUGUCGCUUACACCUUUUCCGGGGGUCUGUAUGCCGUCGCCUACACGGAUGUUGUUCAAUUAUUUUGUAUUUUCAUUGGCUUGGUAAGUGUCUCCUUUUUGACAUUACAUUCUCCUUAUUUUUAUUUAUUUUCCCGCAUUACUUAACUUAUUUUAGUGGGUCUGUGUCCCAGCAGCUUUGCUGCAAGACAAGACUUCAGACCUCUCUCAUAAUGCCAUUGCCUGGUUAGGGAAGACGUGUUCUACCCUGCCAGAAUGCUCCCUAUGGUGGGAUAAUAUGUUUUUGUUAGUAUUUGGAGGUAUCCCUUGGCAGGUGGGUUAUGAAAACAAUUAAAGCAUUAUACAAUCAGGUGUAUUUUCAACGCGUUUUGUCUUCGAAGACCUCGGCAGGAGCUCAGAACUUGUCUUUUGUGGCGGGUGUGGGCUGUAUUGUAAUGGCGAUUCCGCCAGCGCUGAUCGGGGCCAUCGCCAAGAACACGGACUGGAGAUUGACCGAAUACGACCCCUGGGGCAAUGGGACCAAGACCGAGCACAUCCCGCCCGAGUACACGAGCAUGGUGGUGCCCUUGGUGUUCCAGUACCUGACCCCCAAAUGGGUCACUUUCAUUGGAUUAGGUGCUGUUUCGGCCGCGGUAAUGAGUUCGGCCGAUUCCUCAGUUCUGUCGGCCGCCUCGAUGUUCUCGCACAAUAUCUGGAAACUGAGUAUUCGUCCCCAUGUAAGCUCUGUUCUAAUCUUUUCAUUUAACCUUCUCCAGGCAUCAGAAAAAGAAGUAAUUGGAAUGAUGAGAUUAGGCAUUGCCAUGGUCGGCAUACUGGCCACGAUUAUGGCCUUGACUAUUCAAAGUAUCUAUGCUCUCUGGUAUUUGUGCGCCGACCUGGUAUACGUCAUCUUAUUCCCGCAAUUACUCUGUGUUGUUUACUUCAAAAGGAGCAAUACUUAUGGUUGUUUAUUGGGGUAUAUCGGUAAGUAAAGUUGUAUUCAUAAGAGGUUUUACUUUGUAUAUAUACAAUUAGCUAGCUAUUUUAGUGGGAAUGUUGAUGCGACUAUCAGGAGGGGAGCCCCUGUUACACUUCCCGGCCACGAUCGAGUACCCAAUGUACGAUCCGGUCUCCCACAUUCAAUACUUUCCCUUCAAGAGUCUCUCCAUGUUAUUAUCGUUGACUUUCUGUGUUGGGGGGAGCUUGCUAAGUGAUUACUUGUUCAAGAAUGGAAUCCUUCAACCCGAAUAUGACUUUCUUGCGUGUGUUGUAAACAUCUCCACCGAACGAGUUGUCCUUCCCUCAGAUACCAGCUUCAAUGUGUCCUCGGAAACUUUGGUUCUUCAGAAAUUAAAAUCUCAGGAGAAUGGGGAAAGUAUUCCUCUCACGAACGGGGACAAUUCACAUCAGGAUUAUCUGACUGUCUCUAGGUAG